AUGGAAGCACGAAAACAGCGAAUGAAAGAGAUUCGUCGACUACUGGCCGAAAACCAAGCGACGGCAUCAUCGCUGGUGGCUGAGACGAAGAAAAAGUUGGAAUCGUCCCUGUUGCACGACGAAUGUGACAAAUCGGUGGCCAGUGAAGCUGAUACCAACACUGAAUCGAAGCCUUCAUCCGAGAUCAAUGGAGCAUGCUCCGAAACGACCACCCAAAUUUCCGCUGAAGAUGGAGCCGAUGCAGAAGAGCUCGAGCUGACUGAGAACGAGGAACAGACAAGACUGGAAAUCGAGGACACAUUCCGUAGUGCCGAAUUGAAUCUGCAAAAUCUCACACAACUUCGUAAACGUCUUGAGCAGAUUCAACAACAAGGUGGAGCCGGGCUGAGCCAAGAAGACCAGGAGUUCCUGAACCAGCUUGAUGAAACUGUGGCUGUGGUCAAUGCAGCCGAUGAAGCGUCGAGGAGCGAUGAAGAAGAGGGCGGUGGUGGGAGCAGCAGCGCCCAAGCCCAAGCCGGCGGCGGCCAAGCCAUGGCCGACAAAGAGGUGCGGCCCCCGCUUGAUUCUUUUUCUUCAUGCCGCUUGGCUGUUUUAAUUUUAGACGGGGAUUUGGGUUUCUCGGUGUAA